AUCAAAACAAAUGAGAAUGACAUCGUCGACCAAGAUAAUGCUGAUAGCUUGUGGUUCCUUUAGUCCGCCAACGCCAAUGCACUUUCGAAUGUUUGAAAUUGCGCGCGAUCACAUCCAGCAGAUGGGUCUGGGACAGGUCGUCGGUGGGAUAGUGUCACCGGUGCAUGACUCAUACGCGAAGAAAGGACUCGUGUCCGCUACGCAUCGUUGUGCAAUGUUAAAAAUUGGCCUCAUGUCAUCCGACUGGAUACAUCUGUCCGAUUGGGAAACGCAACAGGAAGAGUGGACCCGAACCCGGCAAGUGUUGCAGUACCAUCAGAAUUACAUAAACUCCUACUUAAAAGAUACAAACGGAACGAUUAACAAUGCGCACAUUCCCGCCUGGAUACCGGAGGGCAUCAAGCGAACCGCCGGUGGACAGGUACAGCUGAAGCUACUGUGUGGUGCCGAUCUGCUGGAAUCGUUCGCUACACCGGGAUUGUGGAAGGAUGAAGAUUUGGAAGCUAUUCUGGGCUAUCAUGGCAUUGUGGUGAUUAGUCGUGCUGGAUCCAAUCCGGAACAGUUCAUUUUUAAUUCCGAUCUUCUCAGCCGGUAUCGACGCAACAUAACGAUCGUUACGAACUGGGUAACGAAUGAUGUGAGUUCCACGCUAAUUCGAAGGCUAUUAAGUCGCGGUCUCUCCGUGAAGUACCUUUUGGACGAUCACGUUGCCGAGUACAUUCGAAAGUUUGGUCUGUUCGGUGCAAACAACGAAACUAGUAAGUACAUUCUAACAACGGGUAGUUCAGCGGAAGCGAUGAGCAUUUCGCCCAUCUCGCCGAUAAACGAUCCCGAUCUGUACAUCGAGCAGCAAAACCAACGGAACAAGCACGGAUCAUCCUGCGAAGCGAUGGAUGAAACGGAUUUUCCCAUCCCACCCUUACCGGUCGUUGGUGCAGCCACCCUGAAUAAGGUGUUUUGCUGUGCUAAUGAGUCUAAUAAACCGACCGCUACUCGGGGUACAUUUCUUGGUCGACCGGGUAGUGCUGUCCAGAUAAUAACGACCUCUGCACCAUCGCCGGUAACAUCUCCUGAGGGGACAACUCCAAAAUCGAUCGUCCAACAGCACAUUACGCUCGAUGAAAGUGAUAGCAGCGCAGGGAAGAAGGUGGGUGAGGAGGGUGUGUUGGGUAAGGGCAGAAGUCCACGACGGUCCAGUGGCCAAACAGAAUGCACAAACAGCACUAACAACGACAGUACUACCACUACCAACACCACCAGCACGCCAACAUCGUCUUCAUCGACCAAACGCACCACGACGACGAAGACCACUAACAACAGCACAGAUACCAUGGCAACCGAACGUAGUAGCGGUAGUAGUACGAAACGGGGCACUAUUGCUAUCACCAAAGCAACGCUUAGCACAAACACAGCCCAAACUAUCGGAGCAUCCUCGUCGUCAACGUCGGCGACCGGUCGGAUCAGCCCGUCCCGUAGUUAUGACGAUAUGAUCAAGUUUGUUUUCACAGAGCACGGCAUUAAGGUCAUAAGUGAUCGCGAGUCAUAAAGAAGAUGAAAAUUUCCGCUUGUCCCGUUUAAAUAGAAA